AUGAAGAAACGCUUGGACGAUCAUCGAGAAUUACUUCUUGAAGAUGGUACCACGGGAAGUGAACAAAAAUGGAAUUCAGUGGAACGAAGUAGCAAACAGUUUGUGCAUUUCGAUCAUUGGCCACAUGUUUUUAAUUUGGCUAAUUCGAUAAUUGGAGUGAGUAUUCUUGCUAUGCCAUAUUGCUUGCAACAGGUUAUCCAAGUUUCAUUUCAUUUGUUUUAUUUUAUUUUUACGGAGAGAAAUAGUGGGAUGUUGCUGAGUUCUGGCUUCGAUGUAUGCCUUUCAAAUGGAUUAAAACUUUUCGAGAACUCAUUUGCACUUUCUGUCCAAUCAGUGGCGCUAGCCAAACCGCAAAGUGCGGAUCGCUAA